AUGAAGCGCAACGUCACGGUGGUGUCUUCCAUAGGCAUCUACCUGCUGUCCUCCGUGACGUCCGUCUUCGUGAACAAGUAUGUGCUGAUGGAGGGGGCCGUAGAUACAGUGUUACUUAUAUUUAUUCAACACUUAUCAUGUUUGCUGCCCUUCCAUAUAUUUAAAAGAUAUUUUAUGGAAACCCAGGACAAGAAAAAAGUUCAGGAGCAGCACAUGGGAUCCCUCUAUGAAGGACUGAAACAGAUGUGGCUAAUAAUCGCCUCCUUCAAUUUUACGCUAAUAUUUGGGAACACAUGUUUGAAAUACACGAAUAUAUCUUCGUACCAGCUAGCUAGAUCCAUGACGUUGCCUUUUAACUUUCUUUUUUCCUACUUUUUUUUUAAGCAAAUAAACUUUACGUUCCUCAUGACCUUUGCCUGCAUGUUGGUUUCGGCUGGGUUCUUCGUCUUUUCCCUGGACGCCGUCACCACCAACUUCAAAUCGGUUCUCUACGGCACCACCGUCUCCAUCGUCCAAGCAAUUCAUCUGAAUCUCCUAAAGAAGAAGUUGAUGAUUUAUCAUAACAAAACGGUCAUGCUUUACUACAACAUGUUGUACUCUUCCGUCAUCCUUUUUAUUUACCUGUGCAUAACAGGAGAGUUUUUUUCCAUUUUCCGCUGGAGCCAUCGCGUUUGUUUUUAUCUGGCCCUGUCGUGCAUUUCGUCUAUCUUCGUGACAUUUUCCUCCUUCCUGUGCAUUCACUACACAGACAACGUCGUCUUUAACAUGUUUGGGAAUGUCAAGUCCACCCUGCAAACAUUUAUAAGUAAAUUUUACCACGAUGAGGUGCUAAAUGGGUACACAUUGGUGGGCAUUCUGCUGACGACCCUGGGGUCCUUUCUUUACACCUAUUCGAGUGAGUAUGCAAGGAAGCAGAAAGUUGGAUGA